AUGUCGCACGAAACAGCGUCUUCCGUCUCGACCACGAGCCUCGUCUUCGAGCGCAUCGAUGAGCGCCUCGCCGCCAAGGAAGCCCGCUCCCCCGACGACGACCACCCGCUCAAGGAUGACCCCGACCACGAUGAUCUCGAGACGGGGCCCUUCCUCGGCAAUGGCACUGCCUCCCAAGAGGACCACCCGGGGCCCGUACUCGGUCCCAAGCGCAUGGAUCGGGGGCUACGUAAAGUGCUUAUCAUCGGCGCCGGCCUCGUGGUUGCUGCCUGGGUUAUCGGCCUCUUCGCCUACAUCGCUACAAAGUCCUACAAGCAUGCCUCUACCUUCGAGCAUGACCCACAGGCGACCGUCUCGCGAGGAAAUGGAAAGCAGGUGACGCUGGAUCAGGUCAUGGGCGGCUUCUGGCGCGCCGAGAGCCACAGCAUCAGCUGGAUCGCCGGUGCCGACGGCGAGGACGGCCUGCUGCUCGAGCAGGGCGCGGCUGGCAAGGAGUACCUCGUCGUCGAAGACAUUCGGGCCAGGAACCCGAGUGCCGCAAGCCAGCCUCAUGUCCUGAAAAGUAAGACCUUGAUCAAGUCUGGCACCUUCGAGUACGGCGGAAAGACGUACCAAGCGUCCACGACAAAACCCAGCAGGGAUCUACAGAGAGUGCUAGUUGGGACAAAUAUGCAGUCCAAUUGGCGCCACUCGACUCGGGGCAUUUACUGGAUUUUUGACGUGAACACCCAAACUGCCGACCCUCUGGUUCCGGGCGAGCCCGAGGCGCUUGUCCAGCUGGCCCAAUGGAGUCCGACAAGCGACAGUGUUGUCUUGACAAAAGACAACAACCUUUUCAUCCGCAGGGUCGGCUACGACAAGAUCACCCAGAUCACCACCGACGGCGGCUCAGAGGUGUUCAACGGCGUCCCUGACUGGGUCUACGAGGAGGAAGUGUUUGGCGGAGCCAGCGCCACCUGGGUGUCGGAUGACGGCAACUACAUCGCCUUCUUGCGCACCAACGAGACAGGCGUUCCUGAGUACCCUAUCCAAUACUUUGUGUCCAGACCGAGCGGCAAUACCCCGAAGCCCGGCGAGGAAGCGUACCCCGAGGUCCGGAACAUCAAGUACCCGAAAGCCGGCGCCCACAACCCCGUCGUCGACUUGAAAUUCUUCGAUGUGGUCCGCGGUGAUGUCUUUUCGGUCGACAACAUCUCUGGCCGGUUUGCUGAUGAUGAUCGGCUCAUCACUACAGUUGUUUGGGCCGGCAGUCAGAUCUUGAUCAAGGAGACGAACAGGGUCAGCGAUGUUAUGCGCGUCGUUCUCGUCGAUGUGGUUGUGCGCACCGGAAAGGCCGUCAAGACUACCGAUGUCAAGGCGAUUGACGGAGGCUGGUUCGAGAUUUCGCAGAAGACAAAGUUCAUCCCGGCCGACCCCUCCAAGGGGCGAGCGCACGACGGCUAUAUUGACACUGUCAUCCACGACGAUGGUGACCACCUGGCAUACUUCUCGCCUUUGGACAAUCCCGAGCCGGUCAUGCUUACCUCUGGAAACUGGGAAGUUGUUGAUGCUCCAUCAGCCGUUGACCUGGACAGGAAUAUUGUCUACUUUGUCGCAACAAAGGAGUCGUCUAUCCAGCGCCACGUCUACCAAGUGAAGCUCACCGGACAUGACCUGGCACCCGUGUCUGAUACCACGGUCGAGGGCUAUUAUAGCAUUUCGUUUUCCGCUGGGGCCGGCUAUGCCCUGCUGUCGUAUUCAGGCCCUGGAAUCCCGUGGCAAAAGGUUGUCAGCACUCCAAGCAAUUCGGCCAAAUACGAACAUGUCGUAGAAGAGAAUAAGAAUCUGGCCGAGAAUGCCAGGAAGCACGAGCUUCCCAUCAAUAUCUACGGUACCGUAAACGUAGACGGCGUCGAGCUCAAUUACAUUGAGCGACGGCCGCCACACUUUGACGAGAGCAAGAAGUACCCAGUCCUCUUCCAGCAAUACAGUGGCCCGGGCUCGCAGACUGUCAACAAGAAGUUUGCUGUCGACUUCCAAGCGUACGCGGCUGCUGGUUUGGGCUAUGUGUGUGUGACGGUCGAUGGACGGGGCACCGGAUACAUUGGUCGCAAGAACCGUGUCCUCGUCCGUGGCAAUCUGGGCCACUGGGAGUCACACGACCAGAUUGCGGCUGCCAAGAUAUGGGCAGCAAGGAAAUACGUCGACGAGGCUCGGCUCGCCAUCUGGGGCUGGAGCUACGGUGGCUUCAUGACUCUCAAGACGCUGGAGCAAGAUGCCGGCGAGACUUUUAGUUAUGGCAUGGCCGUCGCGCCCGUGACGGACUGGCGCUUCUACGACAGCAUAUACACAGAGCGAUAUAUGCUCACGCCGCAGACAAAUGGCCACGGCUACGAUACGAGCGCUAUCACCAAUGUCACGGCCCUCUCGCAGAACGUGCGGUUCCUCCUCAUGCACGGCGUUGCAGACGACAAUGUCCACAUGCAGAACUCGCUGACGCUGCUGGACCGGCUCGACCUGGUCGGCAUUGAGAACUACGACGUCCACGUGUUCCCCGAUAGCGACCACGGCAUCUACUUCCACAACGCCAACCGGAUUGUUUAUGACAAACUAAGCAACUGGCUUGUCAACGCCUUUAAUGGGGAAUGGUUAAAGAUCGCCAAUGCGCUGCCGAACGGAAGUAAGGAGAAGAGAGACCUCGCCGUGACACCCUUGACCUAA